CUUUAUUUGUGUAUUGACCUUGAUCUGUGUUUGCGUAGAGUGAGAUUCAUGACCGGCGAGCGAGCGAGCGACGCGGCCACGUUCAUCUUGUCUUCUUCGUCCAGAACGGCUUGUACGCUUUCAUUCGUGCGUUGUUUGCGUUUUUGCUGUGCCGGUGUCUAAAGGGUUCCCACGAGUGGCUCACCGUUUCGAGAGAAAACCAGAAAGCCGAACUUCUUCCCUCCGCUUGACGGGGCUCCGGACGUCGUUGUCAGUGCAGUCGUUCUUCCUCGUCGUUGCUUUUACCGUCUUUGCAACUGCCCGUCCGUCGUUACUUUCGUCGUGCUGCUGAUCUUCUGGGAGGUGCUUCUUACUUCCACUACUGUCGCCGUGAAGCGCCAGCGUGACCAAGCGGUCGCAGGAGGGGAGAUUACGGGGAAAGCACCGAAGCGGGUUUUCUUUCUUCGCAGCGACGCCGCGAGAUUACGGCAGCAGGAGGCAGCAAGAAGCGCAAAUGCGAACCAGGACGAGACAGCUGGAGUAAAACGACCUGUCGGAGCAACAGACGGACUUGCUGUGAGUGCGAAAAGACACAAGAACAACGACGGGCGUGCGACGCUCUCUGCUAGUGUCGCAUCGUCAUCAUCUUCGUCUUCGCUUUCGUCCUCGACGGGAGAAGCCUCAGCAAACAAGCAGAAGCCGAGCAGCAAGUUUCCGUUCAUCGGCCCAAGGAGGUACUGCGACUAUAGCCGCUUCAACCCACAGCCAGGGGACACAUCUCAGCAGCCAUGCAACUACAACGUCUUCAACAAAGAGGUAGGAGACAGCCCGGAGCCACAACUACUGCGGGGAAGCAAGUGGGGAAACCCGAUCUGUUUCGCGACCCAAAAUAUCAGCGGGGCGCAGUUGGGCGACGCCUACUCGUGGAUCUUCCGAAAACACCCGCUGUCACAGGUCGUCGCGAUCACGGAGGCAAACAUGUCGGCGUUGGCAGCAAUAGAGAAGGAACAGGAAGAAGCGGAGGAAGAGGUGAUUUGUGAAACAGCGGGUGAAGAUGCGGGCGAAAAUUGUGAUGAAGAGUUUGCUGACGAAUCUUCUCUGGCGGAAAAAACAGCAGCAGAAAAGGCUGAAUCAAUCCACAUAAGACAUGACCACGCGUUGGUGAGUGGGAUUGGUGCAGCGUUGGUCUUUCAGGGCAGUCUUUUCGAGGAGGUGCGGUGCCUCCCAAGAGACGAACUCGUCGGCCGCACACAUAUCAUGCCCAGGGCGGUGGGCUUUGAGACCCGCGAUGCAGUUUACGUGGCGUACUACGCCCCCGCCUACGCGGGCCGCCGGGCAGAGAGCAACGGGCACGUGCGGUACGCCAAGGGUAUGGAGAAAAAGGAGGAAUUGAUCACCCACUUGCCGGAGAAAAACCAGAUCAGCCUGAAUUUUCAGACCGGUCAGCUUCCAAAUGAGCUUUGGGGCAAGCGGCCCGCCAUCCGGAUGCACACCAAGUACGGCUUCACCCACGGGGCGAUUUUCGUCGUGGACGUGGAGCGGAUGCGCGCCAUCGACGGGUCGUGGCCGGCCUACUGGACCGCGCACAAGGGCGGGAUCGCAUAUGUGCCCAACGGCUACAGGCCUGAGGACGGGCUGGGCCACGCGCACUGGCCGGAGUCGGGCGAAUUCGACCUGAUGGAGCACCUGCACGGCUGGGGUAAUCAGGAGAUGAUCACCACCCUGCAUACCGAGUACGGGAAUUACAUGUGCGGCGCAGUUGCUCCGCAGCCCUGCAACGGGAACUGCAACGUUUUUCGCACGAUGACCAACGUGUUGAACGCAGAACCGAGUCAAGAAGCUGUAGAAAACUACGGGGAAAUAAACCUUAACCUCAGCGAUGACGGUUUGUACGAAACAUGCGAGGCGGACUACGCAAACAACAUACACGCGUUUGAGCAGGCGGAAUGCUCGGCCCAGCUGCCCGACCUGUCGUUGUACCUGAAGGAGCGAAAUUGCGAGGGUUCCCUGGGCUGCGGCGUGAAGGUGAAAGGCGUCCCGAACGGCGUCAAAUUCAACGAGCAGCGCGGGGGGAUUCACAUCAUGCAGUUGGAAGAAGACGAGACCCGGUUCUACUGGAUCCCGCGCGCGGAGGUGGAGGCCGCCGGGAGCACGUUCGCCGACGCGGAAACCAAGAAGCCGGAGUUUUGGGAAAGAAAGCUGGCGGAGUCCACGCCCUACGCCGUGUUCCCCACCGACAAAGAUGGGAACUGUCCGUCCGCCAGGUUGUUCCGCACCCAAACCCUGAUCAUCAACAACACGUUCUGCGGGGACUGGGCCGGGAAAGACUUCAAGCCCAACGGUAAUGCUCACGAUCAGGGCCACGACGCUUGCAACAGCUUGGUGGCAAGUCCGGGCUACGGGGUGCGGGGGGCGGACAGCAUCUACCCCGACUGGGUCGGGAACACGGUCAAACUGCUGCCCGACGAGACCUUCGGAACCAAUUUUGUCUUCAAUUCGGUGAAAGUCUUCUCGAGAGGUGGGAAGGGCGUCGGCUACUUUGACUGGGACGAAGAUCGCAUGCUCAACGGGGACGAGGUCGUCGAGGAGGCAUAAGCACGUAAUGUACUGCUUUCGACGCUGUUGCGAUUAUCGUCUUCUAAAUUUUCGUUUUGUGCAUCUGUAGCAAAUGUCCAAAAAUUUGCGCGACAUUACAUUACACGACGUCGACACAAAUAAAACACUGUUAUCAACAUCUCAAACUUCCAUUACUAGACUUUUGUUUUUAGAAACCGAGUUUUUAUUCUUUUGCAUAGCUUCUUGUUCUUUUCACAACCUUUUCCUGCAGCCAUGCAAGGUUAAACCUCCACUCAAAAAUAACUCUCCUCCGCGGCCUGAGGAUUCCAU